AAGGCAUUCAAGAAAUCUUGAAGAAGAGCACAAGAACCCAGACCGUUCCGGAACUGCGGAGGCCUGCUGGACAGGGAGAAAGAUGGCGGCGGCGUCGGUUUCUGCGACUUCUGAUUCUCAUUUCUCGAACAUCCUAGCUGAAUCAUCAAGGUCCAAUGGUAAUUUGGUUCGUCAUUCUUCAUCUCCAUAUGUAGUAUAUCCUCCUGAUAAGCCUUUUCUUAAUAGUGAUGUACGACGCUCUCCAAAUAAGCCUACAUUUGCCUAUCCAGAAAGCAACAGCAGAGCCAUAUUUUCUGCUCUGAAGAAUCUUCAAGAAAAGAUUCGACGUUUGGAACUUGAAAGGAUUCAGGCAGAAGAAAGUGUGAAAACUUUGUCUAGAGAAACAAGUGAAUAUAAGAAGGUACUGGAUGAACAGAUACAAGAAAGAGAGAAUUCAAAGAAUGAAGAAUCAAAGCACAAUCAAGAACUGACAUCUCAGUUGUUAGCUGCAGAAAAUAAAUGUAAUCUUUUAGAAAAACAGUUGGAAUACAUGAGAAAUAUGAUAAAGCAUGCUGAAAUGGAGAGGACAUCUGUAUUAGAGAAACAGGUUUCCCUAGAAAGAGAACGACAACAUGAUCAAACACACGUUCAGAGCCAACUUGAAAAAUUGGAUAUUCUUGAACAGGAGUAUAACAAACUUACUACCAUGCAGGCCAUUGCAGAAAAAAAAAUGGAAGAGUUGGAAGCAAAACUCCGUGAAGAAGAACAGGAAAGGAAACGUAUGCAAGUUAAGGCAGCCCAAUUGCAGACUGGUCUAGAAACAAAUAGACUUAUCUUAGAAGAUAAGGUAUCUCCAUAUGUUCCUAGUGCAAGAAAAAUUAAAAAAAAGAAGUCAAAGCCACCAGAAAAGAGAGGUUCUAGGAACUAUUUUCCUGUACAGCCACAUUAUAGACUAUGCUUGGGUGAUAUGCCAUUUGUAGCUGGAAAGUCCACCAGUCCUAGCCAUGCGGUGGUAGCCAAUGUUCAGCAUGUCUUGCAUCUAAUGAAGCAACACAGUAAAGCCUUGUGCAACGAUCGCGUAGUCAACAAUGUUCCUUUGGCAAAGCAAGCAUCUUCACGAAGUGCUAAAAGUAAGAAGCUGCCAGUAACACCUCCCUCCUCCAGCAGUAUUAAUGAAGAGUUGUCAGAAGUCUUGCAGACUUUACAGGAUGAAUUUGGGCAGAUGAGCUUUGAUCACCAGCAGCUAUCAAAACUUAUUCAGGAAUCACCAACUGUUGAACUGAAAGAGGACUUAGAGUGUGAACUGGAAGCAUUAGUGGGAAGGAUGGAGGCAAAAGCCAAUCAAAUAACUAAAGUUCGAAAAUAUCAAGCCCAGCUAGAGAAACAGAAAACAGAGAAGCAAAAAAAGGAAUCAAGAGCCACCAAAAAGCCUCUUGAUGAAGAAGGAAACAGCAGCAGCCGUUCUUCUGGAACCACAGGGACCACAAAUAAGAAGGACUUUGCCAAACUGAGACCUGGAGAAAAAAGCAAGAAAAAUCUUCAGUUAUUGAAGGACAUGCAAACCAUACAGAAUUCAUUGCAAAGCAAUAGUUUGUGUUGGGAUUACUGACUGGUACCAGCUCAUAAAUUUUAUUCAGAUAAUCUGUACCUCAUCAAUUGGAUGUUGACAGUUUAUUUUCCAGGUCUCAUAGUCUCGGCUGUUGGAAUUAAUUAGUAACAGGUGUUAAGGGGCUCAAGUUUUAUAAAGAGGCUUCUUGUGUUAGGAGGUAAGAGUUAAACCAUUUAAAUGGAAGCCAGGGGAUUUUUAAAGGCUGAGAAGCCAUACAUACUCUGCUUCUUUGUUUGAGAUUGAUUUGCUUUACUGAUAUAUUGCACUUUGUAAACAAAUUACCAAUUUUUUUCCUUGUGGUUGUGAUUUUUUAAAAUAGUUUCAUAUAUCUAAAUUUAAAUUAUCAAAAUGUGAGGCUGUCCCAUAGGAAGUGUUUGCUUGAAAAGUCUCAUUUUUAAAUCUUUCCCUGGCGUGAAGUGCCCAUUUUCCUUUUCCAAUACACCAUUAAAUAUACUUUAUUUUGGCUGUUGGUGGAGGUUUUCUAUAUUUAAAUAUUUAUACAUGGUUAAGAGGAUUCAAGUCCUCCAAUGGUAUCUUCUCAGUUGCUAAGUAAAAAGAACUCAUUUCCUUCUCAACAUUUACCCUCCCUAUUGUUUUGGUUUUUUUUAAUCCAAACAUUGAUCAUUAUUAAAUACACUUGUAUUGCUUUUUAAUCCAUUGUUACAAGAAAAAAAAAAAAAAAGACACAAUCUUUUAAAUCAGCUACCUGUAAAAAUUAUGUAUGAAUUUUAAUUUUUAGUUAAAAGUAUAAACAAAUUGUUAAUGAAGUAAAUGAGAUUUUGGAAUAAAGUGAGAAUGGGAGGGCAAGGGGGUGUUGUGUACAGCAUAUACAUUUCCUAUUAUUUAAGUAAUACCUGUUUGUAAUCAUGCUAUUCAAACAAGGCAUUAUGGGUUUUAAUCCUGAAACUUAAGGAAUCCCUUGGAUAUUUUAUUUACAGUAUGGGUGCAGCAUUAACUGUACACACACAAUUGUGUUAAUAAUGUAAAUCAUAAAUCUG